AUCGAAACCACGAAAAAGACCCGAAGUGAGCCAGCUUGCCAAGUUGCCUCACCUUUCAUCAUCUCCGAAGACACCAACCAACCUUCAAAUGCAUGAGCUGCCCUCCGAGUCGCACUCAAUACCAUAAUGCCCCCUCCAGUCGGCAGAUACGGGCCUGCUGGCCUAACCGGUCCCUAUUCGCACCUCCAACAAACUCACCUUCAGCAACAGCAACAACCACAGCACCACCCUCACGCCCAGUCUAGCAACACAGCUCUUCCGCCGCCCUCCCUUGGCGGCCACCCCGGGUUCGCAACCGGUAACCCGAACACGAAUAUCAACCCUUUCACAUUAACUGGCGCCGCCGGUGUCGGCAACGGGAUGUCCGUGGCGGGCUUCGGAGGCGCUGCGGAUGGUGGUGGUACGGGCCUCGCGAGCCAUGCGGCCCAGAUGGGGUUUGCCAGAGGAGCACAGAUGCAGCAACAGCAAUUACACCAGGCGCACGAUGGGAGGUUUACGCUUGAGGGGAAGGCAGGUGGAGUGAAGACGCGGAUACGCGACGUGUGGAAACACAACCUUGCUCAAGAGAUGGCCGUGUUAAGAUCGCUGGUUGAGAAAUAUCCCUAUAUCAGCAUGGACACGGAGUUCCCUGGUAUUGUCGCACGCCCGAUCGGAGCGUUCACGAAUAAAGCAGACUACCACUACCAAACCUUACGCUGUAAUGUCGACCUAUUGAAGAUGAUCCAACUCGGGAUUACUCUUUUUUCAUCAAAAGGCGAAGUUCCCCCACCGGAUGCUACCGACGCCAACGGACAACCACUAGGGAACGGUCUCGUACCUGCGCCCUGCACAUGGCAGUUCAAUUUCCGGUUCUCAUUAGAGGAGGACAUGUACGCACAAGAAUCAACAACAAUGCUGGCGAAAGCGGGAAUCGAUUUUAACGCGCAUGAAAAGAACGGUAUCGACCCCCUCGAGUUUGGAGCACUACUCAUAAGCUCCGGGCUUGUGUUGCUGGAUGACGUUCACUGGGUCUCUUUCCACUCUGGCUACGACUUUGGAUACUUGAUGAAGAUUAUGCUUUGCGAAGCGCUCCCGGAAAACGAGGAGGAAUUCCAUAAGCUGCUCAACAUCUUUUUCCCUUCAUUAUACGACAUUAAGUAUUUGAUGAAACACGCAGGACGCAACCAAGCCGUCAACGGCUCCCCACUGACACCAGCCGCUGCCCAGAUCCUCCAGAAUCUUGGCCAGAAAUCCGGACUUCAAGACAUCGCGGACGAACUUGGAGUAAAACGAGUUGGUAUCGCCCACCAGGCUGGUUCUGACUCCCUUGUGACAGGAGAAAUCUACUGGAAAAUGCGCCAAUUGGUGUUCAACGGAAAGAUCGACGAGUCAAAGUAUUCCGGGCAAAUAUGGGGCUUGAAUGGCCAGAUGCCGGCUUUGACAUACCACAUGAACCCACAUCAAACACCAAAUCUCAAUGGCGCCACAAUAUACUCUGCCGCCGGUACGCCUAGUACCCCCAAUGCUGGCGCCCAGACCCCUCAACACCACACUCCCGGUGCGCUGACGCCCGGAAAUACAGGUGGAGUCCUAGGACAUUUCCAGAUGACGAAAUCGUAAAGUCGACCUCUUUUUCCAUUUAUUAAGGUAUAGGCCUGCCGGUCAUUUAACGACAGUCAUCUCCGGCUUCUUUACGCAACCUCUAUAUGCCACCUUUUCACGGAUUUCGGCCAUGGCAAUCGAUAUGACGCGCUGAUACGACUUGACGGAUGUACAUAGCAUGCAGUCUUCAGGAUGCCUGGUUGAGCUGAUUUGGUGCUUUUUUUUUCUCCUUUUCCUUGCAAACCAUCCAUGCGAGGAAGUGACUCGGCUGCUGAGGUUUCUACGUUUUCCUCCUGGAAUCUAUGCUUUCAUCAUCGUUUAGUUUUGGAAGGUGUUUUCAACGGGAGGGUGUAUGGUGUUGCAUCUUCUGUGUCUUCUAUUUCCGUUCUCGGCUGGAAUAUGAUUUUGUUCUACGGCGUUAUCGGGUCUUAUAUGAAGGUUCUCGUUUAUUUUCACCCGUGCCUCGGGUCUAUUCUACUCCCGAUAGAUCACCAUAGGCAGCAACAUGUUGGAAUUUGCUCUCACUGAGUUGCGCAGUAACUUGUUGCUACCUUCGUCGCCCUUAGUUAAAUGAUCCAAGUAACCGUCAACGCUUCGAUAAGUAACUUGUCGCCUCACCCAUAUGUCAAUUCUUAGUCAUGAUGCUCUACGGCCUGCUGCAUAGGCAGUCAAAGUGGGCUUCACUAAAGCUGCGUGGGGAAAGAAAGUUGAUGG